AUGUUGUCCAAGAACAGAAUUCUCCACCACUUCAACCGGCAUCUGGCCUUGGCCUUCGGUGUCAUCGCCGUGUCGACCUUCAACUAUGGCUUUGACAAUGCCGCUUACAACAACGCUCAAGCCAUGACGGCCUUUCAGACGCAAUUUGGUGACUGGGAUGCAGAGACUGGCACUUACAAGAUCUCGCCGUCGUGGCUGUCGCUCUUCAACAGCCUGAACUAUAUUGGCUUCGGUGCAGGAGUUAUCAUCGGCAGCUUGGUCAGCGAACGAUGGGGUCGGCGAUGGUGCAUGUUUGGCAUGAGUGCGUGGGCACUUGUUCCAGCUAUCAUGGCUGUGACAGCUGUGAGCAAGCAUCAGAUCAUGGCGACCAGAAUUCUCAACUAUAUCUACAUUGGCAUGGAGCUUGCCGUCGUCCCCGUCUACCAGUCCGAGAUCAUGCCGCGAGAGAUUCGUGGCUUUGCUGUUGGCUCAUACCAGUUCAGCUUGAUGAUGGGAACUCUUAUUGUGAGCUGCGUCUGCAGGGGCACAAGCACCUUGCCCGGCAACCAAUCAUUCAGAAUCCCAUUCGGCCUCUUUUUCGUUAUUCCUACUCUCGUGAUGGUCCUCAUCUUCUUCAUCCCCGAGUCUCCGCGAUGGUUGCUCACGAAGGAUCGAGUCGAAGAAGCACGCACCUCCCUCGGAAAAGUACGACAAGGGAGACUGACUGAAGCCGAGAUCGACGAGCAGUUUGCCGCUCUUCAAUACGCAUUGGAACAUGAACCCGAGCAAGGAAGAUACAUUGAGCUAUUUCAGGGGAAGAAUCUAAAGCGGACAGCCAUCGUCGCUGCCAUGAACUUCUUCCAGCAGGCAACAGAUAUCGGAACCGUCAACCCGUUUACCAUGACCAUCGUCAACGCUGUUGUCAAUCUUACUGCUGCAUUUACUGGACUGUAUCUUGUUGAUCGACUCGGCCGUCGACCUCUUUUAUUCACUAGCGCAGGCUGGAUGUUCUCAGCAAUCGUCACCAUGGGCGCCCUCGGCACGGUGCCAAACCCUUCCUUCGGCGUCAAGUCAGGCAUCGUAGCCAUGCUCACACUCUUUGGCUCGGGCUUCACCUUUGCCUUUGCCCCUCUCAACUACGUCGUCACGACCGAGAUCCCAGCUCUUCGCCUUCGAGAUGCAUCGCAGCGUACUGCUUCUAUUGUCAACGUCGUGGCCAACUUUAUCGUCAGCUUUAGCAUCCCGUACCUGAUUUACGAUGAGUACGCCGGUCUUGGAUCCAAGGUUGGAUUCGUCUUUGCCGGCAUCCUUGCCUUGGCUAUCAUUUUUGUCUUCUUCUGUGUUCCAGAGUGCAAGGGCAAGUCACUGGAGCAAGUAGACCGAAUGUUCAACGAGGGUAUAACCCUUCGAAAGUUUGGCAAGUACACACCCGAAGAGGUGACUGGGGAUUUGGAACAGACAGGAGAGAAAGGAGCUGCUCCGGCGGCGGCUGUCAACCACCAGGACCGGUCGUGA